UCAAUAAAAGAAUUUAUGUUUAUGAAACUAUGUGUAUUUUAGAAACUAGGGGUGCAAAAAGUAAAGAGUAGUUAGAACGACAUAGCACAUAUAUGGUAAAGUGAUAAGAACUGAGUGAAGCACAGUGAAAUUUUCACAUCAAUGGAAGAACAACAAAAGCUUCUUCAAUCCUCUUCCUACCCCUUCUUCUGGGGCUACACACCAGAACAAGAAUACUACAAACAACAACAAAUCACAUCCUCAAAAUCAACCUUCACAACACCAAGAAAUCUCACCCUCUUCACCCGAUCAUGGCUUCCAAACCUCACCACCACCCCACCACGCGCUCUCAUCUUCAUGAUCCAUGGCUACGGCAACGACAUCUCAUGGACCUUUCAAUCCACCCCAAUCUUCCUUGCUCAAAUGGGUUUCGCUUGUUUCGCUCUGGACCUUCAAGGUCACGGUCAAACCCAGGGUCUUAAAGCUUUUGUCCCUAGCGUUGACCUUGUUGUACAAGAUUGUCUCUCUUACUUCAAUUCCAUCAAAAGAGAUCCAAAGUUUAAAGCUUUACCUUGUUUUCUAUUCGGUGAAUCAAUGGGUGGUGCUAUUUGUCUUUUGAUUCAUUUUGCUGAUCCAAGAGGCUUUCAAGGUGCUAUCUUGGUAGCACCCAUGUGUAAAAUCUCUGAUAAGGUUAGACCCAAAUGGCCAAUUCCUCAGAUUCUCACGUUUCUUGCAAGAUUCUUCCCUACUUUGCCGAUUGUUCCUACUCCUGAUCUUCUGUACAAGUCUGUGAAAGUUGAUCAUAAGAAGGUUAUUGCUGAAAUGAAUCCUUUGAGGUAUAGAGGGAAACCUAGGUUAGGGACUGUGGUGGAGCUUUUGAGGGUUACUGAUAUUUUGAGUAGGAGGCUUUGUGAUGUUGAGCUUCCUUUUAUUGUGUUACAUGGUAGUGCUGAUGUUGUUACUGAUCCUGAGGUUAGUAGGGAGUUGUAUGAAGAAGCUAGGAGUGAUGAUAAGACUAUUGAGGUGUAUGAUGGGAUGAUGCAUUCUUUGCUUUUUGGGGAGACUGAUGAGAAUGUUAAAAUUGUUAGGAGUGAUAUUUUGCAGUGGUUGAAUGCUAGAUGCAAUUGAAGAACAAGUGGUGAUUGUAGAUGAACAUGAUUGUUGUGAUGAUUGAUGAAGUGGAAGGCUUGAAAGGAUGUUUGCAAUUGUAAGUAGUUUGAGUUCUCAAUUGUUCUGUUAUUGAUUCUAGAUUGAUGAAAUGCAUCAAUGAGGAUUUGAAUUAAAUUACUGGUCUAUAGUAUUAGUAUACAUAGUUGUUUUAUUUAUUUAUAAAAGAUAUGAUUCUUGGAAUGACAUGAGGUGUUUGUUUUGGUGUGAAA